UAUACAUAUCUCCAUCCCUUGCAGGUUUUUUUGAGAGAGUCGUCAAUGUUUGCCGAUAUGGUGAUGGGAGGAGGCGGGAAUUUACGAGAUGAGGGCGAAAAUCGGACCCAUUCUUCUGUUGUUUCGGCAAUUGGAGGAGGAGCUUCCAGAUCGUGGGGGACCACAAUUUCCGGCCAAUCGGUCUCCACAAGCGGCAGCUUUGGAUCUCCAUCGUAUCGAAGUGACGCAAUGACAACUCCCUCCAGUGAGAAAACUUUUCUGAGGUUAAACCAUCUUGAUAUUCAAGGUGAUGAUGCAAAAUCUCAAGGACCUACUGGGAAGAAGAAAAGAGGUCCAAGAGCAGUUGGUGGGGAUAAAGGGGGAAGAGGUCUUCGUCAAUUCAGUAUGAAAGUGUGUGAGAAAGUCGAAAGCAAAGGAAGAACCACUUACAAUGAGGUAGCUGAUGAACUUGUAGCUGAAUUUGCUGAUCCUAGCUACAACAUGGCAUCUCCUGACAAGCAAUAUGAUGAAAAAAACAUACGGAGAAGGGUUUACGACGCACUUAAUGUACUCAUGGCAAUGGAUAUUAUAUCCAAGGACAAAAAGGAAAUACAAUGGAAGGGUCUGCCUAGGACUAGCCUGAAGGACAUCGAAGAGCUAAAGACAGAGCAUCUUGGACUGCAAAACAACAUAGAGAAAAAAGCAGAUUAUCUGCAAGAGUUAGAGGAUCAAUUUAUUGGUCUUCAGAACCUUGUAAAACGCAACGAGCAGAUUUAUGGCUCGACAAACACUCUUGGUUCACGUAAAAGUGAUAGUGUAGCCUUGCCAUUUAUCCUGGUUCAGACACCUCCCAGUGCAACUGCGGAGAUAGAAAUAUCGGAAGAUAUGCAGCUGGUGCAUUUAGAUUUCAAUAGCACUCCUUUUGAGCUUCAUGACGACAACUAUGUCCUUAAGAACAUGAAUUUGUGUCAAAGACCAAAUUCAUCUGUCAUCGAUUAUGAAGGAAGCGAAGUUAAAGUUUCUUCAAGGUCAAACCUGCAAGUUAAUCCCCUCAAUGCUGUUCCUGGAAUAAUCAAAGCGAGAUAUAAACAUGACAACAAUAGGUUUACAUGAUCUCUUCGUCUUUAACCUGCCAUUUUUCUUGAUCAUCAUCGGCUAUUAUAGCUGGUUAGGUUUUGGAUCAAUUCUAGAAGGUUCAUCUAUAUUUUUUCAAUGGAUUUUAUUUUUAUGAACUGAUUUAGUUAAUUUUUCUCUAUUAUUUAUUAUUAUACAUUAGUUAUUGUAGGUAGAUGAAUCAUGUUUAUGAACUGCACACAUUAUGCUGAAUUCUUUUUACAAGAAUUGUUUAAUGCUAACUAAUUUAGUCAAUAAUUCAUCAAUUUAAAAAUCUUCUCUUCAUCUAUAUAACUGUUCCAAUAUAAAUCAUUUUAAACAGUUUU